GGCCGAAAAUUGAAGGGGAAGGAGCAUGGAUCUUUCCAAGCUGUAGCGAUCACUGACUCACGUCAUUAAUUUAAUAAGAUAGAAUGCACAAAGCUGGACAUAACAAGAGGAGUGAUCAUAAUCAGAAUCAUGGAGAGCUACACACAGUUUCUUGGGUUUGUUCUCGUCGCUCUUGUCCUGGAAGUGGGCUUGGCUCAGGACACUCCAAGGACGAUUGUCACUUCAGAUUUCUUCAAUACCCUCCUUUUCUCAAGAUGGUAGUUGUGAGGGAAAAGGCUUCUACAACUAUGAUUCGUUCAUAUCCGCCGCUGAAAGUUAUGGCGGCUUCGGCACCACCGGCCGGCGGCACCGACGUUCAAAAGAGGGAGCUAGCUGCUUUCCUUGCUAAUGCCAUGCAUGAAACAGGAAGCUUCUGCAAGAUAAGCGAAACAGAUGAUCGUUCCGACCACUGUAAUCAAAACUACCCGCAAUAUCCUUGUGCUCCAGGCAAAAGUUACUAUGGCAGAGGACCGUUGCAGCUAUCAUGGAACUUCAACUAUGUUGCAGCAGGGCAGGCCAUUGGCUUCGACGGCUUGAACAACCCGGAGAUCGUGGCUCAGGAUAAAGACAUAUCUUUCAAGACAGCAGUGUGGUUUUGGAUGUCCAACAGCAACUGCCACCAAGGGAUCACCACAGACGGCGGCUUUGGCUCCACCAUCAGAGCCAUUAACAGUGGUGAGUGCAGUGGAGGAGCUCCGGACAAGGUGCAGUCCAGGGUCAACUUCUACCAGCGGUUCUGCCAGCAGUUUGGCGUAGACCCAGGCCAGAACGUCUACUGCUACAUUAAUUCCGCCACCAAUGCCCUCCUAAUUCCGCCAUACUAUUGCAGACAUGUACUAGAUAUAAGCAUGUUCUCAUUUAAAUAA